CACAACCCUAAUUUACGUAAGUGCGAGAUUGUGUUUUUGAGAAGAAUAAAACCCAACCUUCAUCACUCGAUAAACCCUUUUAUUCCGUUGCUUCUCAGUUUCAGAAAGCGGCCACACACACAACACACAACACAACAACGCAAUGGUGAAGAAGAGCAAGAAGAGCAAGAGCAAGAGGGUCCCUUUGAAGAAGAAGUACAAGAUCAUAAGGAAGGUGAAGGAGCACCACAAGAAGAAGGCAAAGGAAGCUAAAAAGCUUGGCUUGAACAACAAGAAGAAGGUUGAGAAGGAUCCUGGGAUUCCCAAUGAUUGGCCUUUCAAGGAGCAAGAGCUUAAGGCCCUUGAAGCCCGAAGAGCUCGUGCCAUUGAAGAAUUGGAGCAAAAGAAAGCUGAACGCAAGGAGAGGGCUCGAAAGAGGAAGUUGGGUUUACUAGAAGAUGAUGGCGUGUCUCAAAUGACUGAAACAGAAGGGCAAGCUCAGGCAACGGGUACCGCAUCUGGGAAGAACCGAGAUAACGCAGAUAAACCCUUCUACAAGGAGUUGGUAAAAGUUGUUGAAGCUUCUGAUGUUAUUUUAGAAGUCCUUGAUGCCCGGGAUCCUUUAGGUACUCGCUGCACUAAUAUGGAAAAGAUGGUGAUGAGUGCUGGCCCGGAUAAGCGCCUAGUGUUACUAUUGAAUAAAAUUGAUCUUGUUCCCCGAGAAGCAGUUGAGAAAUGGCUUAAGUACCUUCGAGAAGAACUGCCUACUGUGGCCUUCAAGUGCAGCACCCAACAGCAGAGAUCAAAAUUAGGGUGGAAGUCAUCAAAGGCAGCAAAACCAAGUAAUAUUUUGCAAACAAGUGAUUGUCUUGGAGCUGAUACACUCAUCAAAGUCUUGAAGAAUUACACAAGAAGUCAUGAGAUCAAGAAGACUAUUACAGUGGGUGUAAUUGGGCUGCCUAAUGUUGGCAAGAGUAGUCUUAUUAAUAGCUUGAAGAGAGCUCAUGUUGUUAAUGUUGGUGCUACUCCUGGAUUAACAAGAUCGAUGCAAGAGGUUCAAUUGGACAAAAACAUUAAGUUGCUGGACUGUCCUGGUGUUGUCAUGCUUAAAUCACUAGAAAAUGAUGCUUCUGUAGCUCUACGGAAUUGCAAGAGAAUUGAGAAGUUAGAUGAUCCAAUUAGCCCAGUGAAGGAAAUUCUCAAUCGCUGUCCCGCCAGACUGAUGGUAACUCUUUACAAGAUUCCAAGCUUUGAUUCUGUAGAUGAUUUCUUACAGAAGGUUGCUGCAGUUAGGGGCAAGCUUAAGAAGGGUGGAGUAGCAGAUGUUGAAGCUGCUGCCAGAAUCAUUCUCCGAGACUGGAAUGAAGGGAAAAUUCCAUACUAUACCAUGCCCCCGGUUAGGGACGAAGGAGAAGUUUCAGAAGCCACAAUAGUUUCCGAGUUUGCGAAAGAGUUUAAUAUUGAUGAAGUCUACAGGAGUGAAACUUCAUUCAUUGGAAGCCUUAAAUCUGCUGAUGACUUCAAUCCUGUAGAAGUUCCUUCAAGUGGACCUCUUAAAUUCAAUGAGAGUACGCCGGAGGAUGAUAUGGCACCUGAACCGUCAAAUCAAGUUGAGCAGGAACCUGAAAACCCUGCUGGGAAUGAUGUUGAUGAAACAAUGGAAUGUCAAGAAGAUGGUAACAAGAACAAGGGAAAAUCUGCUGCUGAUAGACAGAAUGAGAAAUUAUAUGGAGCAGAGGGCAUACUUAAUACAAAACUUCAGAGAGCAGAGAAGAAGAGGAGGAAAAAGGCUAACAAAGGCACCUCUGAUGCCAUGGAUGAUGAUUAUGACUUCAAAGUUGAUUAUUUCAAGAAGGGCACGGCAAUGAGUGAUGGAGAUGAUGAUGACCAGAUUAAGAUUGAGGUGCCCAUGGCUGGAAUUUUGGACAAUGAAGGAUAAAGUGUAUGAUGGCUUACAAGCACAUUAUUUUGUCUUGGAGUUAUUGUCAUUUUUAUACAUUUUUGCACUACCGUUUUGUGCUUACCGAUGACAAUGGUCCUGUUAAAUUUUGGUCCGCAUUUUUGUGAUUU